AUGAGAUCCUCCAGUCUGUUGCAGGCCAGGAAACCUCAAAGAGGCACAGGACAUCUUGGUCCAGUCUCCAUUUUUGGGGUGAAAGGCAAUCCUGCCUGCUGGCAUGACAUCUUCGACUUCGACUAUUGCUGUGACCGCCGACAUGGGCCAAGAGGCAAUGCAGAAUGCUGGGAUGGCUAUUACAACUUCAAUCACUGUUGUUAUACCCCCUUACAUGCUGCUACUGCACCUGAAUGCUGGGAAGAGGCCAAGUAUUACCUCUCAAAGUCUGAGGAGGCUGCAGCAAAGCAUCCAGCUCUGAAAGUUGAGGCGAAUUUGGCCACUUUCUGCUGCCAUGCAUCAUCUCUCAGCUCUGCGGCUUGUUGGGGUUCAACGAGACCCACUGGAUCUCCAGAGCUGAGAGAUGCGUCCACAGGAGAACGUUUGGGCUUCACUCGACGCCAUAUCGAAUGCUGCUUUCCGGAGCUCAAACAGCUCGCCAAGAACGAUGUGCCAGAGUGGAUGGCGACUCAGAUCGAUCACGAUUUGAGAGCUUGGGAGGAUCAGGCGCCAUUCACAGGCCACAGCUUGGAUCUAAUGCACGAGGUCUUCGAGAAGGCGGGUAGGGGUGCCGACCUCUGCCGCUUCCAAAUCAGAAAAGAUGCCAUUUUUCAUUGUGACUUUGGCCGGUCUCGAUACUACUCUUUGCUUCAUUCGCUCCGAGCAGCGUUGCACAUCCUUCAUGCCAUGUUUGGCCUUCCAGAGGUGGACUUGUUGAUCCACACCAGCGAGUUCUAUGGAGUCGACGCACCAGAGAUCAACCUCACAGUCCCAGUCCUGGUCCAGGCACAACCUGAAGGUUGCAAUGGGAUCCUGAUGCCUUGGUGGGCCUUCUUGCAGUGGGAGUGGACACGGCGUUACCGUGACAGAUUGGAGCAAGCAUCUGCCGAUGUGCAAUGGCAGGAUCGGGACUCCCUGCUCUUUUGGCGUGGCUCCGACACUGGAUGUUUGCUCCCAGGCGCAGAAAUCAGUUGUGCUCGGAGUUGCUCAGAAUGGAAUUCGACCACUUGGCCUCUUUUUCCACGUUCAAAGCUGGUGCUUGCAUCAUCAGUGUUCCCUGGCCGGAUUGAUGCUGUCUUUACCAAAGACACGGUGCACCGGGAAUGUCAAGACGUCUAUGAUUCCAGUGGCUUGCGAGUAGGGGAGAUCGUCCCUCCUGAGGCACACGUUCUGCACAAGUAUUUGGCCUAUGUAGAUGGAACCUCCUUCUCGGACCGACUUUUUUGGCUAUUGCAGACUGACUCCUUGGUAUUCCGAGCUGCCUCGAGCAUCCGCGUGUGGUUGGAUACUGGCUUGAAGGCAUGGACACACUACGUUCCAGUUCGCGAAAAUUUAUCAGAUUUGUUGGACCGAUUGGAUUGGGCGAAGCAGAAUGAUGAUGCAAGUGCCAGGAUUUCAGCUGAUGCAGCACAGUUUGCUAAGACGCACCUUACCUUAGAUGCCAGCUUGUUCUACCUGUAUCAGCUCCUUGUGAGGUUGGGCAAAGUUAUUCAGCUCACGCCAAUCGAGAUUUCAGUACCACAACCUGAAUUCGCGCCAGAGCCAGUCGUGGAGGUGGAUUCCGGGCUGGAUUGCUGGGCCUUUGGUUUCAGCCCAGCUUUUUGCUGCAAGGUGGAGGAGUAUGGCCCUGGCGGAAAUCCUGCAUGUUGGGAUGGGCCAUACACAUUUGAUCUUUGCUGUGGAGAGAUGUCGUCGCAUCCAGCGCCCAGUGGAAAAGUCGUUGUUCUCCUCUCAAAGCAGGGCAAGUUGGCAAGAAUAUUGUAG